AUGAAGGUCUCAACUGUUCUCUCCAUUGCCGCUGCUGUGGCUGGAGUCGCCGGUUCUGCCAAGCAGCAGGUCAGGUCAGACACAGUCUUGAUCAGCACCGCCGAAGGCAAAAGCUGCUCGCUGGCCAUGUUCGGCGAGGAAGAGUACCUGCCCGAGCGUGCUUGUUUACCCAUGGACCCUUUCGGACUCCUUCGUUCGAGAACCGUGUCUGCCGACGACCACGUCGACCGCAGCAUCGGCACCAACCGUUGCGUGUUGGCCGUCUUCACCGACCAGUUCUGCACCUCUGAUGGUCUCAUCAUCGAGGAGCUCGAGCCCACGGAUUCAAAGAACGACAUCACUGGUGAUUUCGCCUUCUGUCAGCUUCAAUCUCAGCCAGAUGACGACCUCUUCCAGUCUGUCAUGUGGAGCUGUGGCGACGACAUCAACCCAGGGUGGCAGCUUUCCGAGAACGCCACCUCGCCCUGGCCUACCAACCCUGACGAUGUGGAUGAUGAUGAUGAUGAUGAUGACGCCGACCACAUCAUCUCUGCUCGUUCCAUCUCUUCCGGCUCGUCCAACUCUUCCAUCUCUGUCGAGGCCACUCGUCUCCACGACCACGUUACUCUCUCUCCCGCCGACAACACCGAGUGCAACAGUGCCCAAAGCCGCGACACCGACACCAAGAAGCAUGGUCACUGCCAUUCGUUCAAGAAGCCUUUCCUCUCCGCCAGAGCCACCAUCUCACGCGGCCGCAUCACCCACUUCAACAAGGGUCACGACUGUGUUGCCUUGGUCUUCAGCGACUACAAAUGCAAGGACAAUGGCAUUGAGCUCAUCGACCUCAACGACGAAGCCGCUCUUGGCGUCUGCCACAACGCGUACCUCUACGGCAACCUUCCUGCACACUCUUGGAUGUGGCUCUGCAAGCGUGAGGUCAUCAACAGCCACCUCGGCUCCAGCUCUGAUUCUGAUGCUUCUUCCGACUCUGAUGACGUCUCUACCUCCUUCAACAACAUGGACUGCUCUACCACUACUCAGUACGGCUCUUCUACUCGCGUCUUGACUGACUUCAUCACCAACACCCAUGUCUCGACUGCUGUCGUCACAAAAACCACCACCACUAUCAAGACCAGCACUGAUGUUGUUGCUCAUCACCACACCAGGGUGGUCCCUUUCAGCAGCGCCAUCAAGGUUUGCAACGUUGAGGUGUUCCACUCUGAGCUUUGA